GCUCUGUGCCUCGGGUCCCCAAACCCCGACGUUAGCGCUCCGCUCUCCUCCCUGCUGUGCGGAUCUCCAGUCUGAAGAACAAGUGUCAACUCCUUUGUCUCUCUUUUGGAAAACCUGGUCGGCGUCCUGGGACUGCCUGUCCCGGUGGAAGGUGCCUUCUCCGGGGGGCAGCCCGGGAGCCGCCGAGAGGACAAUGGACCCUGGAUCGCGCCCCGCGGGCAGCCCCGCCGGGCUCUCCCGGGAGUACAAGCUCGUGAUGCUGGGGGCCGGCGGCGUGGGCAAGAGCGCCAUGACCAUGCAGUUCAUCAGCCACCGAUUCCCAGAAGACCACGACCCCACCAUCGAAGAUGCUUAUAAAAUCCGGAUCCGGAUUGAUGAUGAGCCUGCCAACCUGGAUAUUUUGGAUACGGCUGGACAGGCAGAGUUUACAGCCAUGCGAGAUCAGUAUAUGAGGGCAGGAGAAGGGUUUAUCAUCUGUUACUCUAUCACCGAUCGUCGAAGUUUUCAUGAAGUGCGGGAAUUUAAACAGCUUAUUUAUCGAGUUCGACGUACUGAUGAUACACCUGUGGUUCUUGUAGGAAACAAGUCUGAUCUAAAGCAGCUAAGACAGGUCACUAAAGAAGAAGGAUUGGCUUUGGCCCGAGAAUUCAGCUGUCCCUUCUUUGAGACAUCUGCUGCAUACCGCUACUACAUUGACGAUGUGUUCCAUGCCCUUGUCCGGGAGAUACGUAGGAAAGAAAAGGAGGCAGUACUGGCCAUGGAGAAAAAAUCUAAACCCAAAAACAGUGUAUGGAAGAGGCUAAAAUCACCAUUCCGGAAGAAGAAAGAUUCAGUCACUUGAAGUUGUAAAGUGUUUACGUGUGAACUGCAGUGCUUAAUCAAAGCAGUCCAGUAACCUGCAUUAGUGAGCAUGGUGCUUGCUCUUUCUCCUGUUAUGACCGUUAUUUUUAAAGUAACUGAUGAAGGGGACAUGCCUACUAGGAGUUUUCAAUGAUGUGGUAUUUAAUAUAUUGUCUCUUAGCUAAUUCUGAUUUAUUAACCCAGUGGAGCACUUUCUGCUUUUAAAUUGUCACAUUAGAAUUUGAUCUACCAUAGUUGGGUUCUGUUGCUGAUUAAUUAAUUAAUGUAAAUUGUUUAUAUCCAGGGGAAUAUGUAUACCAAGUGUGUUUGACUAAGCUCAUAAGAGGAAUGUUUUGCCAUGCACUACUCCACAUUACCUUUUCCGUUUCCUGGGACUGUCCCAGAGAAGGACCUCCGUCUUUUCUGUUCACACUGUGCUUCCUGGAAACAACAAAAAUCAUAUAGGGAAACCAGUGCUAAAGAGAUAGGUGCUGAAGUUCAGCAAAUAGCUGUGGAACUGACUCCUGUUGCAGAUUGUGGAGUGAUGAGAUUUGGGGAAGUAGGCCAUAUAUUUACAGGAACUGGCUAGAAAAACAGUUGGGUCAGAACAGUGUUCCUAGUAUGCACCUGGCUUUUCUAAGAAAUGUACUAGGAUGGUUGAGAACAAACAAGCAUAUAAAAUGCAAUGAAGGGUUCUCCUAUGAGGUUAUUUUACUCUUUCUUUCAGGGUUCAGACUUUCCUUUACCUUCAAAGGUAAACACUUAGGGAACCAUUACUGGAUUCCAAACUCAUUUAAUUUAAAUCCUUAGUUGGGAUAGCCAUUGCCUUGUAGAGGUUUAUUUUUCCCCCAGAGCUGCACUUGACUAUACAUUUACAGUAAUUGUUCCCUAGUGCUUUCCCCUAGCAUCCCUGUGCUCUUUUUUUUUUUUUUCUUGUGGCACGUUUAUUUAUCUUAAAAGCUGUAUUUUGUGUUACUGUUUUCCUGGAACACACAGUGUGGUAGACAUGGCUACAUACAGUGUCUUUAGAGAUAAUAGCAUAGGAAAAAUGGUUUACUCGGUUCUCAGUUGUUAGUGUUUGCUGAACAUCCAGGGCCUAGAGAGCAGUGACCAAGGGCAUUUUAUUUUGAACGUCAGCCUUGUUUUAUGUGUGAAGUGGUAGUAUUCCUGAGUACCUGGACCAGAUUGUAAGUGUACUGAGGAGAUCUGUGGUCAAGAUCAAUGGUCUUCAAACUUUUUUGUUGUUGUUGUUUUGUUACUUAGAUUCCACAUAUGAGUGCGAUCGUGUGAUACUUGUCUUUCUCUGACUGACUUAUUUCACUUAACAUGAUACUCUCCAGGUCCCUCCAUGCUAUCUCAAAGGGUAAGAGAUUCUUCUUUUUUAUUGCUGCAUAGUAUUCCAUGGUAUAAAUGUACCACAGCUUUUUUAUCCACUCAUCUGCUAAUGGGCACUUGGGCUGUUUCCAGAUCUUAGCUAUUUAUAAAUUGGGCUGUUUCCAGAUCUUAGCUAUUGUAAAUUGAACAUAGGGGUGCAUACGUUCUUUCUGAUUGGUGCUUUGGGUUUCUUAGGGUAUAUUCCUAGAAGAGUGAUCACUGUGUUAAAUGGCAGUUCCAUAUUUAAUUUUUUGAGGAAACUCCAUACUGUUUUUCAUAAUGGUUACACCAGUCUGCAUUCCCACCAGCAGUGUAUGAGGGUUCCCUUUUCUCCACAUCCUCGCCAGCACUUGUCAUUUGUUGAUUUGAUGAUAGCCAUUCUGACAGGCGUUGAAAUGGUACCUCAUUGUCGUUUUGAUUUGCAUCUCUCAGAUGAGUAGUGACUUUGAGCAUUUUUUCAUAUGUAUCUUGGCCUUCUGUAUGUCCUCUUUGGAGAAGUGUCUAUUUAGAUUCUUUGCCUAAUUUUUUUUUUUCUUUAAUUGUAGACUCUUGUCCUUCAAAUUCAGUUUGCAUAUAUUCCAUCUUUAAGGGAAGUUUUUGCUAAGCUCAUCAAAGAUAGUGCAUUUCUUGGAUUCAUGCCGUGUUUGCUUCCAGUUUUUGAUUGCUCAGUUGGUGGAGUAGGAAUGUCUUUCUUUUGUGGCUCAAGAGCAUCGCGUAUAUGGAUCUUCUCUUCACUAACCUUUGUUCUCACAAAUUUGGCAAAGCUCAUUUGUGUAACUCUUGCGCAAAGCUCCUGAAACUGAUCCGAUGAAUUCUUUCUGUCCAUUCUCGCUUCUCGUAGCUCCUCUCGAACUGCACUCAUCUCACUGAUAAGUGUGUUGAUUCCAACUUCUAGCCUCCUAAGCAGUUGUCUGUCUGAAGCAGCGAAGCCUUCUUCAGGAGCACAACCCAUUAGAGAUUGAGGAGGUCUCACACUCACUAUUGCUUCAACCUGGCUGGCAUCAGCAGUGUCAAGAGUCGAGCCUAUAGAAGAGGUUGGACUUGCUGCUCUGGAUUCAGUCUCCUCUUCAUGCUCCAUAAGCUCGAUGAUUGGUUUUUCCUUCCUCUUCCCCUUUGAUGGUCCGACAUUCUUGGAACCUGAGGUUUUAUGCCUUCUUGAGUCUGCCAUGAGGGGUGGUUUGAGUCCUCUUUGCCUAUUUUUUAAAUGGAUUGUUUGUCUUCCUUUGUUAAGUUGUAUGAGUUCCUUAUAUAUUUUGGAUAUUAACCCUUUAUCAGAUAUAUCAUUGCCAAAUAUGUUCUCCCAUACAGUGGGCUCUCUUUUCGUUUUGUUGAUGGUUUCUCUUGCUGUGCAGAAGCUUUUUAUUUUUAUGUAGUCCCAUUUGUUUAUUUUCUCCUUAGUUUCCUUUGCCUUAGGACAUGUAUCUAUAAACCUAUUGCCAUGAGAGACGACGUCUGAGAUUUUGUUGCCUGUGGUUUCUUCUAGGAUUUUUAUGGUUUCACGACUUACGUUUAAGUCCUUUACCCAUUUUGAGCUUAUUCUUGUGUGUGGUGUAAGUUGGUGGUCUAGUUUCAUUUUUUUGCAUGUAUUUGUCCAAUUUUCCCAACAACAUUUAUUGAAGAGACUGUCUUGACUCUACUGUAUGCUCUUGCCUCCUUUGUCAAAUAUUAAUUGAAUAUAAUGGCUUGGGUCAAUUUCUGGGGUCUCUGUUCUGUUCCAUUGAUCUAUAUGUCUGUUCUUGUGCCAUUACCAGGCUGUUUUGAUUACAGUGGCUUUGUAGUAUAACUUGAAAUCUGCUAUUGUGAUUCCUCCAACUUUAUUUUUCUUUCUCAAAAUUGCUGCAGCUAUUUGGGGUCUUUUUUUAUUGUUUAAAGUAUUUUUGGGGUCUUUUUUGAUUCCAUAUAAAUUUUUGGAGUACUUGUUCUAGCUCUGUGAAAUAUGCCGUUGGUAUUUUAAUAGGGAUUGCAUUGAAUCUGUAGAUUACCUUGGGUAUUCCCUGUGCUCUUUAGAAGAGCUAGGCCUGGCAAAAUGUUGUUAGGCCCUUUGUCAGACUGACUGCAUUUUCCAUACAGAGAAGAGACCUCAGGAGUUUGAAUAAAAUUGUGUAUGUGCCUCCUUAACACUGACAAUCACUAGACUUGGUGCUCUGAGAAAGCCUGUGGUAUUGAUGUUUAACGAGCCAGUCUUGAAGCUUUAAAAUCCCCAUACGUUGAGUUUCUUAUUGAAGAUUUCUUUACAAGGACUUCGCAAAGUUCACCUCACAGUUUCUGAGCCUUGACAAAGCUUAGCUUAAGAGAGUACACUUUGAUAAUUUAUUGUCCUGGGAAGAAACAGCUUUAAAUAUUGGUGGAAUUCUCUCUUAGAAUCAGGAUUGUUUUGAUAUCUGAACUGGUUAUGUGUGGAGAUUAAGUGCAUAAAUGCUAAGAGUAAUGUGGCAUAUGUUGAACAUUACCUAUCACUGAAGCAGUGUUCUUGUCCACUUCAAACUCUAAGAACAGGACUUGGUGUGUAGUGCCUCUUAAAAGCACAUAGCUCAACUUACUGUGUCCUUAUUUACAGGCAGAAGGACAGGAUUGUAUUUUUCCUUAUAAUCAAUGCUGUAUGUUCCAAGUUUAAAGAAAAAUAAUAGUUGUAAAUUUUCUAGCCGAGUAGUGGUUCUUUUUGAAACUCCUGGAAAUGUUUUUGCUACCAAAUAAGUUAUGUUUUAUGGUACUCAAGCCAUUCAAAAGUAAAAGACCCAGAAUUCAAAUUAUGCAGGACAAUCUUACAGGAACCAUAGACUGGUUCAUGGAGAGGCAUGAAGGUAGAAAAUAAAUGCAGUACAAUUCUGUUUUAACAGUAUUUCACCAUAUUUAAACUAGCCUAGAGCCUUUUAAGUUUAAUGCCUUAACUCUCAUUACUAAUGACUAGGGAAAUGUUAUGAGCAUCAACCAAGAAGUUGACAGCUAGCUAUAUAAUUAUUUGGGAUAGACAAGAUAGCAGAGAAUAUUGCCAGAAAGAAAGAUAUGUAAUACAGGAGGGAAUUUGAGUUGUAUAUAAGGAAAAUAACAAAUCAGUGUUUCUAAGACUAUCAUUGCCGGGGCUUUCCCCUUCAGGAGCACGCCCACGCCUUUCUUCCCUCGCAGGCGUGCAUCUUGUAAACUCUAACGGUCCCUAUGAGACUUGCAACCAGAGGAGCAAUGGGCAGCUGCAGCUCAUCCCGGGCUGAUCCCCAAACCUGUCUCCAAGGCCCCCUUUUCUCUGACUUUUCGGUAAGUCAACAGCAGCUCCUUUUUGGCUCACUUCGGUCACUGUGACUUUCACUUCCCAGCGAGCCAACAGCAGCCUUGCCUAGGCUUCUACCCUACCUUGUUUCACUGUUCCCAGUUUUAACAAAUGUCCUCUCAAAAUCAAAAUCAAAAAAGACUAUCACUGUUAUAUAUUUGAUUGUUGGAUUAAUUAGCCCAUCAAUUAGUAUUGAGAAUUCUCUUCAUGGUGCUAGUUUAAGGGAUAUAUAUAUAUAUAGUGCAUGUAAUUUAUAAGCUCUGAGUAGUCAGCUUUAUCCAAUUUGAGGGCAUUAAAAUCAAUUACUGCCUGGAACUUCGAAGAGAGAAAAAUUCAGGGACAAGUUGAAAAGCACUGGAACUAUUCGUGCCCUACUAGAUUGGUAAGUUACAAAAUUUAGAAGCUAGUGUCUAGAAUUAACUGUAUACUUCAGAAAGGGAAACAUGUUUUAACUUCAUGAUAUAGAAGCAAGAAUUGGUCUGUGAUGUUUGGGGAGGCAAAGGGAGAGAUAUUUUUCACUUACGCUCUUGUAUAUGAAGACUGUUUGACACAAUACAAAACUUGUAAACAACUUGUUGGGCUUUUACUUUACUUACCCAUGUAUGGGUAGAAAUGUUUGGAAUCAUUGCAAUGCGUCAUUUUAAGAAAAGUUUAAUGCCAUGAGAUUUUACAUUCUGGAAAACAUUGAUUACAAUAAAUUUUAGUGCUCAUUAUGCACAGAACACCUUGACAAAGUGCUAGGGAGCAUGCCAUGGAAUGCUCCUUCAAUCACAUUACCUCUUGGGUGAGGAGAAAGGGAACACAUAGAAAAUGAUAGCUCCUUUGCCACCUGAUCAAGGGUAAAGUUGUUUCAAGUAUGUGUACUAAAUAUGAGAAAACAAGGAAUAAAUUUUUAUGUGAAGGGCA